UCGGGAGCAGCGCUUUGCGAAACGACUCUGUUCAACUUAAACAGCUUGACCUCCAGCCACCGAACCUCAGUACAGAGGCAGCGAAGGCGAGGACAACGUCUCCUGCACAAAGAUCAGGCAGAAACGAGUCGAACUUUCACUGAUCCAAAGGGGGUGAGAGAGAGAGAGAAAAAGCGUCAGCAAGAUAAAGCGGAGUUUCUUCUUAAAAAGGCAACAUUAAAAGUUUUUGAAAACUUUUGCAAUGCUUUGCAGAAGUUUGCAUGUUCAACCAUUAGUGCACUGCAGAGAUUAACCUGCUCCCGGCUGAGAGUGGCCGUUGGUUGAACGCAAUUCUUGGACUGCUGGAUGUGUUACUUUGUCAACUUGAGGGGUGCAUGUGUGGACCAAAAUAGCCCGUUAGUGGAAACUGGGAACUCGAGAAGAGAGGCAAGUGAUCGCAGCUGGGAGCUCUGGGAGUGGGGAUUGAAUCGAUUUGCUGUCGGAGAAGGUUACUGAAAAAACAAACCGAACACCAAAGAGAGAAAGUACUUUUGUGAAAGAUCUGAUUUCUUUCAAGUGGAUUCACGUUUUCAGCAUUUUCUUAAGCAAUUCCUGUGACAGCCGGUUGUGAAAUGGCUGAAGCGCGUUACAACAGACUCGGGCUCUGACAGGACAAGGCUGGCAAACAAAAAUACACAAAUUGAUGAAGUGACACUCGAUUUGAAAAAAAUAAUUGUCUCUCAGGUAAACUAGCCUGCGCCCGUUGUAAAUAAAAUAUAAAACCGAAGGACAAGCUUGCAAAACCUAAAGCUAACUCCAGUAAAAGGACAAAAGUGAUAAAGGUAUUACAGGACGGAAACGAUCAGAAUUGCAGUGAAAAGAGCGGAGAAGUUGGCCGACUCUGUGUGAGGGGGAAUCGAGAGCUAGAGGAGUUAAAGGAUUGGAAGAACUCUUCAUGUGCUGGUGUUGGUGUGUGGAGUUAUGGACCUAAACCUGAAAGAGUUUCAAUAACAGGUGCAACAUGCUCACACAAGCCAGCUCCAUUCCUCUUACUGCCCUGGAAUCCUGAGAACCAACUGCUUCGUGGUCGCUCUGUUGGCUUCUUCAUCCAGAGAGUUUUAUUCUAAACAGCACAACAGAGGAACUCUGAUUAAGUCCAAUAGCCUGGAUAUUUAUCCCGUAAUCUGACCUUGAAAAUGCAGAGGACUGUGGCAGUGCGAUUGCUGGCGCAGGGAGCGCUCCAUGCAGGUUUCACCCCGGCCAGGCUCACGAUGACUGGGCUUCGCGUUCUGUUGGCUGCCGCUUUACUCUCCAGCUGUUCCCAGUGCUUGGUUCAGGCAAACUCUUGGUGGUCGCUGGCUAUGAACCCCAUUCAACGGCCUGAGAUGUAUAUUAUAGGCGCCCAACCUCUCUGCAGUCAACUGAACGGCCUAUCGCAGGGCCAAAGGAAAUUGUGCCAGUUGUACCAGGAUCAUAUGGUUUAUAUUGGAGAGGGAGCAAAGACCGGCAUUAAGGAAUGCCAGUACCAGUUCAGACAGAGGAGGUGGAACUGCAGCACCGUGGAUAACACCUCUGUCUUUGGAAGGGUAAUGCAGAUAGGGAGCCGGGAGACAGCCUUCACAUAUUCUAUUUCAGCAGCUGGUGUAGUAAAUGCAAUAAGUCGUGCAUGUCGUGAAGGGGAACUCUCAACCUGCGGGUGUAGUCGUGCUGCCAGACCAAAAGACCUUCCCCGGGACUGGCUGUGGGGAGGCUGUGGGGACAAUGCAGAAUAUGGCUACAGGUUUGCCAAAGAAUUUGUGGAUGCCAGGGAGAGGGAGAAAAAUUACCCCAAAGGCUCAGAAGAUCAUGCCAGGACAUUAAUGAAUCUGCAGAACAAUGAAGCUGGCAGAAGGGCUGUGUACAAUCUGGCAGAUGUGGCAUGCAAGUGCCAUGGUGUUUCUGGCUCCUGCAGCUUGAAGACAUGUUGGCUUCAACUGGCUGAUUUCCGGAAGGUGGGCGAUCUGCUGAAAGAAAAGUAUGACAGCGCCGCUGCCAUGAAAAUCAACCGCAAAGGGAAGCUGGAGCUAGUAAACAGCCGCUUCAACCCUCCCACUGCAGAUGACCUGGUUUAUCUUGACCAGAGCCCUGAUUACUGUGUGAAGAAUAAGACCACAGGCUCCCUGGGCACAAUGGGCCGCCUCUGUAACAAGACCUCUGAGGGAAUGGAUGGCUGUGAACUAAUGUGCUGUGGGCGGGGUUAUGAUCAGUUCAAGACUGUGCAAGUUGAAAGGUGCCAUUGUAAAUUCCAUUGGUGCUGUUAUGUCAAAUGCAAAAAAUGCACGCAAAUAGUUGAUCAGUUUGUUUGUAAAUAACGUAAAACUGAAAAAACUUUGAUGUAAAAGGUGCCUGGAGAGUUCCUGCUUAUCCAAAUGAAACUGCUAACAUGGUGAAUGUAGAAUGUGUGUACUCAGACUUCAGCAAAAGAAAAACAGAAUUCAUACUUCACUUACCAGUUUAAAUGAACCGCUUUAUAAUCACUUUUUUAAUAUAUAUAAUUAACUGGACCUAGUACUGCACUCUGCCUUUAGCCUCUCUGGCUCUCCUUGUACAAUGUAUAGUGUAUGAGUGACAAGAUUAGCAUUAAUGACCGAGUCUUGCCUGCUGACUAUUUAUUAAAGAUGAGGUCACAAAUAUUUAGCAUUCUGACCUAAUUUAAUUCAGGUUUGAAAGCCAUCUUUUACCUUCUCCUCCCAUCAGCAUUUCCACCACCUAUUUCAGCAAAGUACCUUAUACUUUGUAAAUAGGAAAACAGCCUUACGUGAAUAACUGGAACUGCCCAUAAACCUGUCAGUAAAUUGAAAGAAGGGAAAGAAAAAGGUCUCUGUAAGGCAUUGGUAUCAAUUGACAUUCAUUCAUUUUAAGUAACUUAAACAAUUUUGUUUUCUUUCAAACGGCUACAAUUGUAUUAUGUAUUUUGCAACCUAAUAACCUGCACAGUUUUUGCAAAAUUUAAUAUCUAUUUUUACAAAGUGCUUGUAUACUUUCAACUUACAUUCUGCACAAAUGUGUAUAUAUGCUUGUACUUAGAAUAUGUGCCGGAAUGAAAACAGGCAUGUUGCUACAUUUAAACUGCAACCUAAUUUGAUUUGUGAGGAUUAAAUAAUCUUUCAAUAGCAAAGAACUGUGGAGGGUAGUCUGCAACAGGACUUUGAGAAUGUCAUAAAUAACAUUUCUAUCUGCAAAUUCCUGAAAAUUUGAAAGGAGAAGCACACAGAUUUUUUGCUUGAAAGAUUUUGAGAAUUAGACAUGCAAAUACCACAUUUGUAGAAUUAAAAUCAAAUCAAAAAUACUCAAAAAAUACACUCAAAAAAGAUGGCGAUCCUAGUAUAGAUAUUGGAACCAAUUCUUUGUGAAACCGUUUAAGUUAUAAUGAGACUUAUUAAAUGUAUGACCAGUCUCUUUUACGCAACUGAUGAUGGAGGGGAAAUUCUAACUUUGUAAAUAAGAACUUGUAUAUACCAAAUUCAGCCAUUGGGUGGGAUAUUUGUUACAUCAAGAGUCCUCGCACCUGUAUCUUAAUGCACUAUCUGCAAAAGAUUUGGAAAUGUUUGAAAGAAGAAUGAAUGAAAGAAAUGCUCAAUACUUGUGGGAGUUUUGCAGUUUAUAAUUUGCAGUUUAUAAUUGUUUACAUUGUAUUAGAAUGAUUAGGUAAUGUUAUUUAACAAUAUUUGUAACCACACGUGCCUAUAUUUCAUUUCAAUGCAAUACACAUAGGUCAUUCAUUCAUCACUGUUAAUCUGGAUCUACAGUAAAGAUUGUAGUUAUACUUUUUAAUUAAAGCAAUUUUGGUAGCUUUAAGUUAUUUAACAUAAUGUUUAAGUGGUGACAACCCCUCCUCCUUCACUGCAAAGUUUUUGAAAAGUGGCCUCCUUACCUCACGCAACUAUAAUAAAGUUUAUGGAGAAUUCUUUAUGUUCUUAUUUUGCAUUUAAAACUGAUAGUAAAAAACAUACUUGGCUAUUCUAAAUUGUUAGAAUACAUGUAUAUGUCAAGUUAUAUUGUUGCUUCAUCCUUCUGUUCAUUAUUCCAUCCUUUAAAUGGACUGCUUUUAUUUUAAUAAAAUGCUUCCACCCUUGAAUUUU